AUGGUGAGAGCUUCAAAGCUGUGCAGGUCAUUGCUGCCAAUGCUGACGUGCGCACAACGUCUGCAUCUGACGUAUGUUGUGAUGCGACUAAUUGCACUGGAUUUGGGAGCAAUUUCGUUAGUGAGAGAGGACAUGGAGCCUGCACGGCAUAGUGUGGGGGACUCUCUCAUUAGCUUGGGUCAUGAGUGUCUUGGAGGCAAUGGCAGUUGCGCAAAGUAUGAAGACUUUCGCGCCGCGAUUCGCGAACUGAUAGAUUUAGUUGAUAAACUCAAACUGCCGCGACGAAUAUACAAAGAAUAUGAUUCUCUGAAGUACAGAAAAAAGAUGUCGACCAUGAUGGGUACUGCUGGUCUCGCGCUGAAAAGUUGUUUAGGCGUUUUGGAUGGUCUACUUCAAUCCAGUUGCGGAGACUCAUUGGAGGUGCCAGAUGCCGUGUUUCAGCAGCAGGUCAGUGUUCUAGAGGCGCUGUACCGCGUACACGCGAGCCACAUAGACAAGGAUAGACCACUUCGUAAGCACAUUCUAGAGUGCCAGGAACAAACUGGCACGCAUGUGCUUCUCGACUACCAGUUAGCACAGAAUUCCUACGAGCUGAUUCCGAAAUUGCGAGAAUUGCAGAAACAGAUGAGAGAAGCAGUCAGCAGCGCCGGCGGCCUUCUACUACUGCAACAGCCAAGGCGCAAGUCCCCGUCUAUCGUUGGCGCCUUCUCUCCUUGCGCGUUCCCAUCGUCUUUGGGCUACUCAGUUGGCUGA